GUGUAAAACAAUCCUCAGCAUCACAAACCUGAGCUCUGGCAGUGGCUCUUGCACGGGAAUGCCCGUGUGUUGGUCUGGCUUUGGGGCUUUGGGGUGUGUGCUCUGGGCUGGGGCUCUGAGAGCUCUCAGGACGCCUUUGUGUGUUAUUAGGAGCCUUUUUCCCCCCGUCCCUGCCUCCACGUUCCGCCUCUUGCCGUGUGUCUCCUCGUGUUUGUCGCUUCCUCACCGGCGUAUUUAGGCCACGCUCUUCCCAGCACCCGUGCUUUUAGCUCGAGAGGAGGUUGGUUUGCAGUGGGGCACUGGUGGUUCCCUUCAGGGAUGGGGAUAUCUCGUGCCUCAUCAUCUCCAUCCCCUCCCUGGAACGUCACCCUGUUAGAGGUUUGGUCAGUUGCCGCGGCGGAGAGCGGCCGGUAAAACCAAACCUGUGGGUUGUUGGCUGCUGCUGGAGAUGCCAACUCAUCCCCCAGUCCCAAUCCCCCUGGGGCUGUGAUGAAGAGGGGUGUGUGUGGCUGGAGUGUUGGGAGGGAGGAGGCAGCUUUUGGUUGUGCUGCUGCGAGACGUGAGAGCGUUGGUCACGGCCUGGCCUGGAGCAUCUGCAGCUUUGUGUGUCCUGGGGAUGAUUCACUGAGUGGUUUGAGUCAAAAGGGACCUUCAGAGAUCAUCCAGUCCAAGCUGUGGGCAGCGAUGGCUUUCGCUAGAUGAACUUGCUCAAAGCCUUGUCCAACCUGCCCUUGAGCCCUUCCAAGGAUGGGGGGGUGUUGGUGCUGGGAUGGAGCUGCACGUUGGCUGCAGGAGGUGGAUGUGGAGCUACAGGAGGUGGAUGUGGAUCUACAGGAGGUGGAUGUGGAUCUACAGGAGGUGGAUGUGGAGCUACAGGAGGUGGAUGUGGAUCUACAGGAGGUGGAGGUGGAUCUACAGGAGGUGGAGGUGGAUCUACAGGAGGUGGAGGUGGAUCUACAGGAGGUGGAGGUGGAUCUACAGGAGGUGGAUGUGGAGCUACAGGAGGUGGAGGUGGAUCUACAGGAGGUGGAGGUGGAUCUACAGGAGGUGGAGGUGGAGCUACAGGAGCUGGAUGUGGAGCUACAGGAGCUGGAUGUGGAUCUACAGGUGACCCGAGUACGUGCUGAUGGAGGUUACCAAAGAUUUCCUCUUGGCAAAGAAGCUCCAGUUGGCUUUUGCUUGGUUGAUCUCUCUCCGUGUCCCACUUGGCAACGAGAACUCAGGUUCUUGAGAACUUCAGCAUGCAGCAGAACAUUGUGGCCAGCCUCUGAGCUCUGCAACUCCUCCACAGAGCUGUCUGACACCAGCUUGCGCCUCCUCGGCGGCUGUUCGCAUCGGAGGCUGCUGGCAGGAGUAGCUUCAUCUCUUCCUGCCGUAACAGUGAUGCAGCUGAUGCAGCCAAACCUGCACUGAACCCCUGCUCCCUCCCAGCAGACCCCCACAUGUCCCCUGAGGGUGGAGGACCCUCUCAGACAAGUGCCACCUUGGUGGGCUCGUUGCAGGAGGCGAGAUGGAUCGGAUUGAGCCUCCUGGGGAUUCCUUCAUGUUCUGUCUCUGCCCCAGGGUGCUGCAGCAGGUUCCUUUGCACACUCCACGGCUCAGACUGAUUGAUGUGCUGCUGCUUUUACACCCUGCAGCAGAGAAGAAGAAAAUGAG